ACCAGUACCUCAAGCUGGGCAGGUGGCCUAGGCAUCGUCUAUAAGUUUGGCCCAGGCUCCCCAGAUAAAGACUUGAAAGUGAGACUGGAGGUGAACAACCAGUUCGUUACGUUGCCUGCGUAUAACGUCAUUGGUACGAUCCUUGGAAAAGAAGAGCCCGAUCGUUGGGUGCUUAUGGGAAAUCACCGAGACGCUUGGGUGUUUGGCGGAGUGGAUCCUUCAAGUGGGUCAGCGGUUAUGAUGGAAGUGUCGCGCGGCUUGGGAAAACUACUGAACGAAACUGACUGGCGGCCUAGGAGAACGAUCAAGCUUUGCAGUUGGGGCGCUGAGGAAUAUGGUCUAAUCGGUUCAUAUGAAUGGGUGGAAGAAAACAGAAACAUGCUAAGAGACAAAGCAGUCAUGUAUCUGAAUGUUGACUCUGCGGUGAAAGGAAACUACAGCUUUGGAGCAAAUGGGAAUCCUUCCUUAAAGUCACUUGUUUAUCGAGAAACUGCAUCUGUGAAGGAUCCCAAUGAGCGGGAAAAGAGCGCAAGUGUUUAUGAUCGCUGGUCAAAGAAAUAUCCUUCCUCAUCUCCUGGAAAACCUCAAUUCGGAGGUCUAGGCUCUGGAUCUGAUUAUGCACCUUUCAGUCAUUUCAUUGGAGUAUCAAGUAUUGACAUGAGUUACAGAUUUAGGAGCAUGAACAGGACCCUAUAUCCUGUUUAUCACACAGUUCAUGACACAUUCUACUGGCAAAAAACCUUCAACGAUCCACAUUUCACCACUCACUUGGCGAUGUCUCAAAUAGGUGCAAGAAUUCUGCUCGCGGCUGCUGACACUCCCUUAUUUCCUUACAAUCUCACGGACUACAAAAUAGCUCUGAAACGUAACCUUGAUACCUUGGAAACAGUCCAUAAAUCUGAACUCUUGAAGGGAAAUAUAACUCUUAAUUACCUGGCUCGUGAGGUAGCAGAGUUUUCAAAAACUGCAGACGUCUUCGAGCAAAGAAAGGCUAACGCUAGUGAUAUCAAGGACUUCACCCAACUGCGUAUUCUUAAUGAUCAGAUGAUGAACAUGGAGCGCGCUUUCAUUUGGCCAUUCGGACUUCCGGGAAGGACACGAGUUCGCCACGUGCUGUUUGCGCCUCAGAUGCACAACAUCUAUGGUAGUUCUAGCUUCCCAGGAAUCACCGAUGCCUUGUUCGACAUCGACAAGACCAACAACUGGCAACUUGUUAAAGAUCAAGUGUCGAUCGCCAUAACGUGUGUGCGAGAAGCGCGCAAGAUUUUGGCCGCGUAGACAACUAGUGUGUGUCCUUUGUUCUCUGAAGUGUUUAAUUUUACUCAUGUUAAAACCAAAUUCUGAAAAACGAUGAACUUUUACUUAUAGUGAAGAAACCUGAGAUUAGUACACAGCUUUUUCCUUUUUACUAUGAAAUAGUGCGCUCAUGAUUUUCUCAUUGCUUGUUGAGGUGAAUAAUUGGUCUUACUUUUUUGAGCAUGCCUGUAAGAUGUGGUUGAGUGAUUAAA